AUGUCAUCUCUUUCACGACGUUUCAUGAGUAUGAAUACAAGAAAAAGACGUCUGUAUCUAAUGGUACUAACUUUAAUUAUUCUUAUCUGGUACCUGGUUUGGAACUGGAAUGAAAUUCCACAAUGGUUCAUACCAGAUCAACAGAUUCCGUUAUUAGAUCCUGCUGUCAACUCUAGAUUUUCCCGAUUACCACAAAUUUCUGGAAGUCCAGUUUUAGAAGGAAAUAUAUGGGUGAUUCUGGAGACAGAGAGAAGUCCAUCAACAAGUGAGAAGAAAUUCUGUAAUAAUUCUGGAUAUACUGUUCUAGUUAUUGGUAACGAAUUAUACAGAACACAAUGGAACAAAGCAAAAUGUCGGUUCCAUGGUAUUUCAGAUCAGGAAAAACUCAACUUCAAAUCUGCAAUGUAUCUGAAAAAUUCCAACGUUUCCAGUACAGUCAGAAAGAAUAUUGGUAUUUUAUUCGCCGUCCAACAAGGUGCUACAGUUAUCUAUGAUUUAAAAACAUUCAGUGAUUUUCUCAAUAUAGAUUUUAAUCACAAAUGGUGUUUAAGGUAUUCAGGACCGGAGAAUUUUAAUCCAUUUCUACAUUUUAAAAUCGUGAAUGCUGGUGAUAGGAGUGGUAGUUUCAUUUAUAAUUUGACUGACUGUAAACAAAGUGUCAUCAGUAUCCUUCCUAGUAUUAAUCUGGCAGAUAUUACGUCAUUUCCGGUCAAUAAACAAGGAUAUGUGAAUGAAGCAGCGCCAUCUAUAUCUGUGUCACAUGACAUUUUCUUAAAAUUUGUACCAGAAUCACAGAUCUAUCAUAGUGACUCGUUCUGGAAUUCUGUACUAUUCCCUAAAACUACAGUGGCUGCAGCACUGUUUACAAGUUAUUGGAAGCAAUAUUUACUUCAACAAGUCGGUGAAGAUUUGUCUGUUAUAGCUCAGGGAAACACCAAAUAUAGAAAUUAUAACUUCAACUCUACACCUUAUUCUAUUUAUCAGCAGAUAUUUCACUCUCACACUUGUAAUGGUUCUAAUUCUAUUCCACAGUGUGCUAUAAAACUUGCCAAACUCUUUGUGCAGUAUAAAAUCUGGGAACCAUCUAAUCUUGAAUUGUUAUUGGCGUGGUUUGACGACCUUAAGAGACUCAAUUACACACUUCCGGUACUGGAUACAAAGGAGAACGAGUCUCCCACGGCGGUCAUCCAAUAUUCACCCAAGGUCUCCCUUAAAACUACAAAUUUUACGAAUAUAUGUGACAAACAGGUAAAAAUAAAACCCACCCCUAAAAAAAUCGAUGAUAUUUUAUUGUUGAUAGUUUUCAAUCAUCCUAUUUACAAACAUGUUGGUUUUUUACAUGAAUUAUAUUCUAGAACGUUUACUAAUAUAAUUUAUUGUGGUGACAAUAUUCAACAAUUUCAAUCGAAUACUCAAUAUUUAGACUAUAAUCUAACGUUUAUUGAACAAUCUGUCAACAUGGGGCAUCAAAUAUAUAAAUGUGUGUCUGUUGCUAUGAAAAUAGACUACAACGUUUCGGGAAUAUUAAUGUUAAGUGAUGACGUGUUAUUUAAUUCGUGGAACGUUUUGGAUCUACCAACAGACAAGCCGUGGACAGGGCAGUUAUAUCGUCUGCGACUUGGUGAGCGAAAUAGUUGGUAUAAUUGGAGACAGGUUUGGGGUGAAAGAGCAUUUACUAGUGCUUGGAAUGAGAUCAUUUCUAAUCAUAAACAUCAACAUGCCAAAAAUAAAACACUUGAAUAUCUAACAGAUUAUUUACAAUUUGAAAAUCGUUUAAAUAUUUUAGGUAACUCUACUAAAUCUGUUGUUUAUGGUUUUUCAGAUAUAACAUACUUCCCUAAAACAAUGAACAAAGAUUUUAUAUAUUAUGCUGAUAUAUUUACUAAACAUAAAUUCUUUCUAGAAAUAGCUAUACCUGUUUUGAUUGUUGGUUUGACAUCACGUGAUAAUAUUUUUAUGAUAGCUGGGUCUUAUCUCUGGGGUCAAGAGCGAAAUCAUUAUCAAAACUUCUAUAAUACCAGUCAUCAAUUUUUUCAUCCAUUUAAAUGGAGUGUUGAAUUGAGCAAAGAUGAAGGCAGAAAAUUUUUAUGUGAGGAAUAUUUUCCUUAUUUGUGAUUAAAGGAGAGCAAAAUAAAUGUAGGCCUAUACUUGAAGAGGAAACAUCGUUGGAGAGGAAAAAUAUUAAUGCAGCGGCAUUAGCCUAUUCUUUUUACAAUUUCUAACUGUGGAGAGAUCUUUAACGUGCAUAGCCUGUGGGACACCGGACAAGAGUCAAAAUUUGUUCCAAGUUUCAAAAUUUGUUUCAAUAUUAAUUAUUGUUUCAUAUUUUGACAAAAUUGUCAAUGAAUAAUGCAAAUGUUUAAUAUUUGAAUAGAAUUUGAUAUUUUGAACGAAAUAAUGCCUCAGUUGACAUUUUGUUUUACAUGACGUUCUAUGAUAUUAUAUUUUUAUAUUUUAUUUAUACACUGUUAUAAUGUUUACUUUUGUUAUUAUUAAAGUUUUUUAUUCAUUUUU